UCAAUCUGACAUUUUCUCGUUGCCACCCAAAGUGUACAGUUUUUUAUACCUUUGGUUUUUAGUUAUUUUCGCAGAGUUAUUUGCGAUAAAUAAAAUAUUUCCUUUUUUGAAGGAAACAUCAAGGCGAAGCCUAAAAUAAAACAAAAGCGAAAUUCACAAGUUUACGAAAAAAUCAAAAUCAAGUGUAGUGUGAGUGCGUAUACGAAACAAAAAAUGUGUAUAUGAGAUCAAAAUUUUUUGCAAAUAUAGGAAUAAAUAAAUAAGCAAAAAUAUAGUCGUUGAUUUUGCAGUGAACAAAACGAAAUAAGGCACUUUCGAAAAAUUUUAAUGUAAUCCAGCAAAAUUUUAUUCACAUCUGUAAAGAAGAUCCUUUUGUGACAAUUAUUCAUCACCAUUUCUGAUUCACACCCUAAAGAGAUAGAAGAGAAGCGUGUAGUUUGCACCAAACCCAUACUUGGCAAUCAAUGAAUAUUGAAAAUAUAUAAUCAACUUCAAUAUUCCGGCUAUUAUACUUGUACAUGUCGUCAUAACUUUUAUGCCAAUAAUACACAUAAAAUUAUAACAAACGGAUCAUCGGUCUUAAUAUUUAUAUAUUAACUAAAUAUAUGUAUGUACAUAUGUUUUCGCGUUGUACUUUUAAAUAUACUGCAAUUGCUUAAUUCGAAGACGUCUUACUUAACCACUACUAUUACCAACUACUAUAACAUUUUGGAUAAAAUAAAUCUAUACAACUAUAAGUCGUAUUGUUACUAAAUACUUCCAAAAGUGAGACGGAUUCAAUUAUUCGAGUAUAUUAAAUUGAAAUGCGCCCAGCUAUACAGCCAGGUAUACGUGUAGUACGUGGACCAAAUUGGAUAUGGCAAAAUCAAGACAACGGAGAAGGUCACGUUGGCACCGUCUGUGAGAUUGGACGCUCGGGAUCGACACACUCACCGGAAAAUACAGUAGUAGUCAAUUGGGAUUCUGGACACCGAACAAAUUAUCGUGUUGGUUACCAAAAUCAAUACGAUUUGAUUAUCGUUGAUAACGCGCAAGUUGGCGUUCGUCAUUCGAAUGUGGUAUGUGAUGGCUGCUCCAAGCCCGGAAUAGCUGGUAUUGUUUUCAAAUGCGCUCAGUGCUCUAACUAUCAUCUCUGUGCUUAUUGUUACGGCGCUGAUCUGCACGAUACGGAUCAUACGUUUAUACGUUACACAUCGCCCACAUCACUUGGUGUGCGCUUGCCUCCAAGAAAGAACUCAAAACGAAUUCAACUAAAAGGUAUAUUCGUUGGAGCAAAAGUUGUACGUGGUCCCGAUUGGGAGUGGGGCCAACAGGACGGUGGAGAAGGCAAAACAGGGCGUGUUAUGGAAAUACGUGGUUGGGACAAUGAGUCUUGUAGAAGUGUAGCAAAUGUUUCUUGGGUCACUGGUUCAACGAAUGUCUAUCGUUUGGGUCACAAGGGUAACGUCGAUCUGAAGUGUACUUUUCCGUCAAUAGGAGGUUAUUAUUACAAAGACCACAUGCCUGUGUUGGGGCAACCAGAAGAGCAACAGCCUGUGGUGCCCACUGGGAAACCAACAUUCUCAGUCGGUGAUCGCGUAAAGGUGUGCCUUGAUGUCGAUGCGUUGAUGAAACUGCAACAAGGUCACGGUGGGUGGAAUCCACGAAUGGUAGAACAGUUGCCAAAGUUGGGCGCCGUCCAUCGUAUUACUGAAAAGGGUGACAUACGAGUACAAUAUGAUAAUUGUCCCAAUCGUUGGACUUUUCAUCCGGCGGCACUUGUUAAGGUUAUAUCGUUUCGCGUUGGCGAUCUAGUGACUAUUAUAAACGAUGCGAACAAAGUGCAGCAACUGCAAAAAGGACAUGGCGAAUGGAUUGACCUUAUGCGUUAUGCUUUGGGAAAACGUUGCAAAGUGAUAAAGGUGUAUUCCGACGGCGACUUACGCAUUCAACAACUGGAUGAUGGAUUUGAAUGGACAUUAAACCCAAAAUGCGUACAUUUGGAACGAUCACCGUUGGCUACGGCGGCAGAACGAUCAAAUAGUAUGAUGGACCUUAGUCAUAGGCGUAUAGAUCAUGUAAUGACACCGCUAUCAGGUCUGUCUGGCACUUCUGUUGCCGAUAAGUUGGUGCGUGAAGCGGCACAAGGUCAUUUGGAUUUUGUAAAACAAUACUUGGACGCCCAUCCGGAACAAGUGAAUGUGAUGAGCGGUGGGAAAGCCUGUAUACAAGUGGCUGCUCAUCAGGGAUACGUUGAUUUAGUGAAAUAUCUUAUAGCUAAAGGUGCGAAUGUGAAUGUUGUGGACAAGGAAGGCGACUCAGCACUUCACUAUGCUGCCUUCGGUAAUCAACCCGAAACCAUGCGAGUGCUACUACAAAAUGGAGCUGAUAUAAAUUUUCUCAAUUCGAGUCACUGUUCGGCGUUACAUAUAUGCGCACAUAAGAAGACGCCACAUUGUGUGCGUGAGUUGCUUCAGUUUGGAGCCGAUGUGAAUAUACAAGAUUCGUACGGCGAUACGGCUUUGCACGAUGCCAUCGGCAAGGAAAACUCCGAAGUUGUCGAACUACUAUGUAAUGCACCAAACUUAGAUUUUUUUAUAAAAAACAAUCGAGGAUUUAAUGUGCUGCAUCAUGCUUCGCUUAAGGGUAAUGUUGUGGCAGCUAAACGCAUACUACAGCUGGCACGACAACUAGUCAAUGUUAAAAAGGACGAUGGUUUUGCGGCCCUGCAUUUGGCCGCUCUAAAUGGUCAUGCACGCGUUGUAGAGACACUGAUAGUCGAGGGUCUAGCAGAGGUUGAUAUACGAAAUAAUCGACGACAAACACCAUUUCUACUGGCGGUAUCCCAAGGCCACGCGUCUGUGAUUGAACGUCUUGUUUCGCUCGGUUGCGAUAUUAUGGCUCGUGAUGAAGAUGGCGACAAUGCAAUGCAUUUGUGUGUUAUCAAGAAAACGAAUUUGCAACAGGCGGCCGAACCAUCCGGAGAAGACUCACCGAAAAUACGUUCAAUAUUCGAUAAUCUUUCACAUAUACUCGACGAUCGUCUCAUGUACACAAUUCUCUGUUACUUGUCAUCUUGUGGCUGUCGCGUGGAACAUAACAAUAAAGGUACCAACAUUUUCGACUGGAUCACAAAUAAAGAUAUGAAGCAGCUGAUCUUGAGAUAUCAAUGCCAGAUAGGCGCAACCGCGUCAUCAUCAACGACUAACGAAGCCGUCAACUCAAAUGCCGCUGGCGAGGUGGAAAAUAAUGUUCAGGCACUUAAUUUGAACACUGAUAAUGAUGGUGCAACAGCCGGCGCUGCUGCAGCAGUGCAUAGCAACAAUGCAGCGGACAUCAUCACAGAUGCAUUACAACCGAAUACUUUUACACAGAUGCCAUCGCCGCAUAGCAGCACUCCAACUCAUCAUGUGGACAAUCUAACUGAGGAACCCGCUGGCGUAAAGAAACUGAACUCUGACCGGCAAGCUCAAACUAAUACAGUUGUUGGUGGCGGUAAUGUGCUGGACACACCGUAUGUACAUAUGACACCGAUACCUUCCACUUCGAGUGCAAUUCAGUUAAGUGGAAAUCGCAAAAUAGCGCGUAACCGCACCGAAGGCGCUGUGGCGCCCAAGGCAAGUCCCAAAGCAACACCACCACCGCCACCACCCACUAAUACCUUCCACAUUGGUCCACAGGAGUGUAUAGUGUGCGAUGAAAAGUUACAGUUAAUUAAAUUCGAGCCGUGCCAACAUCAAAUUUCUUGCGAAGAAUGUGGCCUGCGUAUGAAGAAGUGCCUACGGUGCGGUGUGCAAAUCGAGCGACGCAUAGGUGCCGGUGGCCGUGUUAUAAUCAGUUCUGAUCAGACGCGUGUACCUUCGGCAGAUCGUUUGCGUUAUCUCGAAAAUAAGAUACAGGAAUAUGAGGAAACGCACUACUGUAGCAUUUGUAUGGAACGGACGCGUGAUGUCGCCUUUUUGUGUGGUCAUGGUGCGUGCUCACGCUGUGCGGAAACCUUGCGCACCUGUCAUAUGUGUCGCAAAACCAUUCUCAGAAAAAUCAACUUAUAUUAGAAAAGCUUCGGGCGAAUUGGCAACGCAUAUGUCAGUGCGAGCUGUGGAAGCUGGUAUUCUUUACAAGCUUGUAAAUUGUAAAUAACAAAAUUAAACGAAAAAAUAUCCAGUGUAGAUGUUAACGGAUCGAUUGAAAUGUUGCGAAUAUCGACGAAAACGAAUAUUAAGCUGUUAACGAUUAUGUUUAUGACAAUGAUGAAAACAAUGAUUAUGAUUAUUAUUUAUUUCGAAUAUACAUGCAAAUACGUAGUCAUAUGUACAAACAUGCAUACUUCUUAGAUAUGUGUUCUUAUUGUAAUUUGUUAACAUAUUUCAUUGUACUGCAAUUGUAGUGGUAUUCUUUAUUCUUUUGCGAAUUCAGCAUAAAAUAAAAUUUCCAUACCCUCACACACUCUACAUACAUAAAAAAAACGAACUAAAAUUUAAAAGUUUAGUGAUCGUUUGCAUGGUUCCAUAAGACCAAAUGUUUGUAAAUUAAAUUACUAAUUUAAAAAAUCGAAAAGUUAGUAAAGCUAUACUUCAGAUCAUACAUCAAUGUCCACAAAUACCAAAAUUAAAUGUAUUAUAAAUAAAAAAA